AAACGCCUCCUCUGCCGGGCCAAUGGCGGAGAAGCCCUCCCUCUCCCGCCGCCCGGAAGACAAGGCAGCAGCAGCAGCAGCAUUUUGGCCUAAGAAGGUGUUUGCCGUGAACCUGGAGGGGACGCGUGUCGACCUUGCUGCUUAGCUUGCUUGCAGCCGCCGCCGCUUUGCGAGCUCGCAGAACAAGAGCGCAGCGCUAAGCCGAGGCACUCGUCCUGAUGGCGCUGAGGUUACCUGCCAGGAGGCUUUUGCAAUGCAGCCGUUGUGUGACAGGCCCGUGCGAUGUGCGUGCACAGGGCACCAGCUCAGCUGUGCAGAAGGAAAAAGAAGCAAAGCCCUCUGGGAGAGAAGAGAAAGGCCCAAGAGCCCAGUUUGACUGGCGAGAUGCCUUGCAGUUGGAGAGGCUCCUGUCUCCGGAAGAAAUAAUGAUUCGGGACUCAUUUCGUACCUAUUGCCAGGAAAAGUUGAUGCCCAGGAUCCUCAUGGCCAACCGAAACGAAGUCUUUCACCGGGAAAUUGUGUCAGAAAUGGGGGAACUGGGUGUCCUGGGCCCUACUAUCAGAGGCUAUGGCUGUGCAGGAACCACCUAUGUGGCAUAUGGACUCCUGGCAAGGGAGAUUGAGAGAGUGGACAGCAGCUACCGUUCGGUCAUGAGUGUACAAUCAUCUUUGGUGAUGCACCCUAUAUAUGCAUAUGGGACAGAAGAUCAGAGGCAAAAAUACUUGCCACGGCUGGCCAAGGGAGAGUUGCUGGGCUGUUUUGGGCUUACGGAGCCCAACCAUGGGAGUGAUCCUGGUGGCAUGGAGACCCGGGCCAAAUACAACCCUUCCAGAAAGACCUACACACUCAACGGCACCAAGACCUGGAUCACCAAUUCUCCAAUGGCCGAUCUUUGUGUGGUGUGGGCUGUGUGUGAGGACAGCAAAGUGCGGGGUUUCCUCUUGGAACGUGGAAUGAAGGGUCUCUCCACUCCAAAGAUCGAGGGCAAGUUUUCGCUGCGAGCCUCUAUCACGGGGAUGAUUGUUAUGGAGGAUGUGGAGGUGCCCGAAGAAAACCUGCUGCCCCAUGUGUCUGGACUUGCUGGUCCCUUUGGCUGCUUGAACAAUGCUCGCUAUGGCAUCGCUUGGGGAGCGCUGGGAGCUGCUGAGUUCUGCAUGCAAACUGCCAGGCAGUAUACCUUGGACAGGUCCCAGUUUAAAGUCCCCCUUGCAAGAAACCAGCUUAUCCAGAAGAAGCUGGCCGACAUGCUCACAGAGAUCACUAUUGGCUUACAAGCUUGCCUACAACUGGGACGCCUGAAAGACGAAAACAAAGCAACCCCCGAGAUGAUCUCCAUGCUGAAGCGGAAUUCCUGUGGGAAAGCUCUGGAGAUUGCCCGGCAAGCCCGUGACAUGCUGGGGGGCAAUGGAAUUGCUGAUGAGUACCAUGUUAUCAGGCACGUCAUGAACCUGGAGGCUGUCAACACGUACGAAGGGACCCAUGACAUCCAUGCACUCAUCCUUGGGAGAGCUAUCACUGGACUUCAGGCCUUUACCGUCAGCAACUGAAUGCAUUUCUGCAGGGUUCAUCUUUGCUGCUCAUGGCUCCAAUGCAGUGGGGUUUGGUGAUGCCACAACGGUUUUAAAAGCUAUUGCUGCUGACGGGACUCUCAACAAAUAUGUUUCUUCAGCUCGGCUCAAUUAUUUGUCAUGAAUUUGAAGCCGUACCAAAUCCAGACACUUAAGAAUACUUACUUCUCCACCAGGAGGCACAGAGAUAAAGAGCAUUAAGAUGGCAAAGGAGCACAUUAUCAAGGCUUGAUUAUCCUUUCAGUGGGUAGUAGGGAGGGUGAUGGCAAGCAGAGAAAGUUGCAAUAUAGAGGAAUAGCACAGUACAAACAUUGCCAAAUUGUUUAGGUGGCAAGCUGUUUUGUCAUGUAACUGGUGGCAUUUCACCCUUAACAGUCAUGAUAUGAAAAGCUUCUCUCCUGCCACAGGACCCAACCAGAACAAUAGCUUUGGCUGCUUUUUAGGUGACCGUAACUGCAGAUUAUCUGCCGUUUUAAUGAUUUACUGUUCUUUUUAAUGCAGCCCUUGAGGUUACUAAGCACUAAGAGUGGGAAUUGCAACUUAUUGUCCACUUUGCAGUCGUCCUGUCAUGCAACCUUGAACAAGCUGCAGCCUUUCAGUGCCUCAGUACCAGUUUGUUAAAUAAGGACUGACAUUUUGAGCAAAUUAUUUUUUUUAUGUUGAGCUCAGCUAGGGCUUUUUUGAACUUGCGAUUCUCAUGUGAGCUUUUUCUUAAAGAAUAAAUUGAAUUUGGUGGAUUUCCCUCAGGAGAUAUAUGUAUGUGAAGUUGAAGACCUGAUGCACACUUUUUAUCAGGCAGGUGACCAUUAGCAUUCUAAAGCUAAUUUCAAACCGGUUUGGACAGUAGCAAACAGUGGUGGGGCUGCCUCAAUCACCUGGCCUCCCUCCAGCUAGGUGGCUACUUAGGAUGGAUGGAGAGGGGAAGGGUUGAGGUGGCAGUGAGGUUGGCGUGGUGGAAUCGCACUGGCAGAGCCAAUUGGUGCUCCUGGCAUGUUUCCACUGCGCUGACCUCAUGCAUCUUUCCCUUGUCACCACUCCCGUCUCCUCCCCUGAAGGUGUCCCUUAAAUGUUCCAUCAGCUGUGUGGGGAUGUCUUUCUGCGAGUAGCUCCUGCACAGUACGGGAAACAUUUGCGGUUCGAGGACCCGCCCCCCGCGAUAAAUAAAGACACAGUGACACAUGGUAUUAGGGUUAAUGGGUAGAAUAAGGCCACAACUUUAUUGGUUAAAGCAAGUGAGAGGUAUUGGCUUAGGCAUUGGACUCGCUAGCAAGCGUGACUCCACCCCGCUCGGCGGGGGGGGUCAUAUCAGGUUAACACCCCAAGGGAGGAGCCUGCUGAUGCAAAUACAACUGAAAGCUCACCCUGGUGCCACCGGGGUCGUGCCAUGGCCCUAGCCACCAGCAGGGCGUAGGACGGGAUCCACGACCGCCGGAUCCCUUUAAGGGGAUACCCCUAUAAGAGGAGGGUUGGAUGAAACAUUUAAGUGACUCAACUUGGGUCAUGUUUGUGAUCCCAGCCACAACAUCACUCCAAAGUGGGGUGGAGGCUUCCGAGAGGCCCCUGCCCAUCUGCCACUUGGCAUUCUUUAUGUGUUACAUACUCCCUGUUGUUGUGGGGUGGAAUUUAGGAAUUUUAAGUGGGGAUGUGCUGGAAGUUUUAAGCUGUUUUUAGCACCUGUGGUCUAUAGCCGCAUUACAAUGGGUGGGGCUUAGAGGCUAACCUCAGGUUCUUCCAUACUACACCAUGUUUUCAGAAACUCUAGAAAUAAAAUUAUGAUUCCUCACAACACUUGAUGACAACACAAUAUAUAAUCUUGGCACGUCUCUGGGGCUAAGAUCCUUUUAUAAAGUUAACUUUAGAUCCUUCUCAUUGUGGGAUUUUUUUCUGAUUGUUUCCUCCUUUACACAAUAGCAUACUGAUGAACUGACCCCAGAAUUGCUCAUUAGUUUCCUAUGGGGUAGGAUAUUUAAUGGCCCCCUUGAAGGAAAGAAGAACUGACAGACUAGGGAGCAGUUAUGGGGCUGAUUUAUUAGUAUUGCUGCUGCAGCACCUAAAAAGAAGCAAAACGAACAAGUAGGAAGCUUCUAAUUAAAGGCAGAGAGGCCUGGAAAGCCUCAAUAAUGUAUUGUCAAUCCUGUGAACAGGCUGGCAAUUGUUUUGUACCUAAAAUAAGAUGACAACAGGAGUAACACAAAACGAUGCAACAGGCUGGCAUUGAUGUCUUCUGGAUUCUCUGAAGAGCGUGAACACAAGCAUAGCAAUUCCAGGUAAAAGUAAACUGAAUGCUGCUGCUCCUUUUUAAACUUCUUAGUAUGCUUUUAUUGCCUUCAGUUAAUUCUUUUUAUUCCAGUUUGCUUUGGAUAGUUUUAAUAGAAAAACAGCAUAUUAUGAAUAUAAUAAAUAAUUUUAAAACUGGGUUGCAAGCAGUGGCAGCAGCUGAUUUGUGAAAGGGUUGCUGAAUGGAAGUUGGCUGAGUUUACCUUAGGAACAACUGCUGAAUGGAACUUCAUUCACUCGAAGUUGUCUAAAAAUCAUGUGUAUACCAACUGGUUAACUUCAGAGUGAAUUGAGCACUAUUUACUCUCAUCUCAUGCUUCUAGGCCAAUUUAAAACAUGAACAUAAGAUUUUAAGCUGUCACUGCCACACUCAUUGAAGCAAUAACUUUUUGGAUAGGUCCAUGAUAAACCAAUUAGCAUGCAUAUUUAAAUUAGCAAGUUCAAUUUCAAUAAUGAUUCUUAAUACCAAUUCUAUCCCAGGCAUUCUAGAGCUGAAACAAAGCUCUCCUUGGUUAAUUAUGAUGUCAAAUAUCUUACAGAUCAUUUCUGAAUAUUUGCCAGGCAUUGGCUAAUUUAUAUUCAAUUAUAUAUAUAGUAUAGUAUAGUAUAGUAUAGUAUAGUAUAGUAUAGUAUAGUAUAGUAUAGUAUAUGGCAGAAACUAGUGCACCUGUUUUAAAAUGGGUUACAUGAAAUCUAAAUAGAAUCCCAGCCAGUAAUCUGGCCAAUGCACUUUGAAGCAAAUGAAGUUUCUGAGUCAUCUUUAAGGGCAGCCCCAUGAAAAACACAUUGUAGUAAUCCGAUCUGGAAGUUAACAGAGCAUGCAGUACAGUAGCCAAGUCAUGGCUUCCGGGUUCAGCGCCAGCGUCGAUCGGCGGGGUUUCGUCUCGUCUCCGAGACGGCCCGUCUCUGCUAGGAGUGGGGAGGGCAGCGAGAGCGACGCUGCGCCCCUUAGAACCUCGGGAAGGGCGUCCCGAGGGCAAUUUGCUCAGCACAGACCCAAUCCGGACUCCCCAACUCUUCGGCUAGCUCUAAUAAGAGCUCCGGAGUGAGGAGGGUAGAAGUCGCGGGGGCCAUUUUGAGCGGCAACGUUAUUCUAGCAGGGAGAAGCUUCAAGCCGAAGGCGGAGAGCGCUGGAUUCUUCCGAAAAUAAAACGAUUGGAAAAGACUGUAAGUAACCUCACGAUUUGGAUUAUAAAACAAUUUGGAUCUGGGAGAGAGGGGAGAAAAGAGGAAGCCACCCCCCCCCCCACGGUAACAAAGAGACAGUAAAUAGAAACCCGAAGCCAUAAACAGAAGAUUUGUAAUUCAAAAGGAUCCCUCAAAGGCAUCAAAGAGAAUCUCCCCUUUGAUGCAGGGUGAAAAGGGGAGAGAGACUGUGGUUUAUGACUGCCCUGCAGCAAGAGGUAAGCCUAAGAAAAACCUUUCUUUCCCUUGGGAGCCGGCAGCCCAGACAACCCAGUGAGUUGAUCAGGAUUUAUAAGUCAAUUUUUACUUCACUUUGUAUUUCUGGACUUUGUGGAAUUUCUUUUUUGACUUAAGUGCUUGUGAAAUGUGAGUUCGAACUUUAUUGUUAAUAAGACUUGAAGAAUGCAGCCAGCUUGUUAAAAUGGAGUCGAGAAAAUAAACUGUGAUCAUAUUCCACCCCACGUGAUAAGUUUUGACCUUGGCAGGACUGAAAUAUGUCAACAAAAAAGUGUUCCCCUGAGUUCCAGCGGUCUGUUUUGACCUUAAUGUGGGAAACAAGAAUAGAGCUAUGUCAAGAGGAGACACGACGGCAAGUGUUACAGCAAAAAUUCCAGGAGGUGAUGGCGGAAUAUGAUUUUUUAGGAGAUGAAGCUUUUGACACUGAAAAAGAUGAAUGUGAGAAUGACAAUGAUGGGGAAGGAAAAGAUGAGGAUGAGGACUGUGAUGAUUCAACACAAAAUGAAGCACACCACGGAAAAAAUGAUGACUCUACUCUACAAAAAGUUGGAUGGAGUGCCCUGCUUUUGAGGGGGGCACGAUUGGUAUUAUUGGAAUUCCAGAACACCUACAGGGAAGAAGGAAAAAAUAUGCAGAGAAGAGAAGAAAUCCAGGGGUCCUGUAUGGUGGCCUGGAUGGCAAAAGACUGUAAACAGGGGGUGGGGUGAAGGGAAAGUGAUGUUGUGAUUAUAAGGAUGGAUUAACAGGUUUAUAACUGGUCUGCUGACUUUGGAAUUUGCUGGAUUGGGGGGGGUGGAGCCGGUAAUCGGGGAUGUAAGGUUAAAUUGAGAAUAGUUAUAGUUUUAAAAGUGAAUGGAUUUUGGAAAAUGUGAAAAUAUGGAGGCUUAUAGAGGGAGGAAAAAAAAAUUAGGCACGGGAAGAGAAAAUGGGAGUUUGAUUUUUCAGUGAUUUGAAUAUUAGAUGAAAAUGCUAACAAUUGAUUUAUAAGUUGUAUAAGAUACAAAGGUGAAUUUUUAUAAAGUAAGAAACUGUUGCAGAUGAUAAAAAAGGGAUGAAAACCGGGGAAGGGGGGGGAGGGGAAGCCCACAAAAUAUGGUUUUACAACUAUGAAUGCAAGAAAAAAUUUUCUGUUUUGUAUUGUUUUUUUCUUUCUUUUUUCGCUCUUUCUUUUUUCUCUUUUUUCCUAUAUCUAUUUUUCUCUUUUUUUGGUAUGAUAAUAGAUGGUUGGAUGGAUGUCCUCCUGCGUACUGCCCUGGUUUGCUGG